AUGUGGAUAUUUCUUGUGUUGAUGACGAUUGCUAAUCUCAGAGGUACGAAGCGUGUAAGGAAAGAACCUCAACAAAUUUCGGUUGUGUCAACUGGUGAAGAAAGUGGAAGUGAAUUGGAUCCAAAGUUGUGCAUGCUUCGUACAUGUAAACGUGUUAUGACAUUUGUUGUAUCAAUAGCAACAAGACAAAGUGGUUCCACCGAAGAUACUCAACGAUAUGCAAUACCGUUAGUUGGUGAAGGAAAUGUCUCUACCACGACUCAUAACAUGGAAUCUCAAACUAAGCACUCUCAUGCUCCAAUAUAUUUUGCAACGGAGGUUGGAAUUCUGAUGCGAAAGUUUUCUCUAACGGAAUUCCAUACAUUGGAGAAAGUACCGAAAGAAAAUAAAGAAGAAAUGAUCGAUAGAUUACAUAAGAAAAAUGGAGGAAUGACUGAUCCACAAUUAGCACGAUCUAAAAUGAAGCCAGGUUGUCGUAGCAAAGAAGAUUGGUCUCAUUUGUGUGAUUAUUGGGAGACAGAUAAAGCACAGAAGUAUGCUGAUCAAAUGAAAAAUAAUCAAGAAAAACUAGUGAUUUCAAGUAGAGGAGAUUCUCGAUCAAUAGCAAAUCACAAAUUUAGCAUGGAAAAUAUUCUCCAAAUGAAAGAGGAUGAAUGUACCAAAUUAGUUUCUGCAAGAGCUUCAAGUGGACCUAUUUUGAGGACAAAAGAUCUACAUAUCUUAUCAGCAGUGGAACCAUCUCAAUCAGCCUCAAUGGAUGAAAUGGCUUUGAAAAAUAAAGUAACUGCACUCGAGGAAGAGGUUCGAGAAAAAAAAAAGUGA